CAGUGAUGAUGUGUCAGCGCUGUUUAUCCGAACUCUGUUAGUUUUCCUGCUUCUGAUUGAAAAAUUCCGUGCAGGACGUUUAAUAAUAAGUGAGUUAUAAAGGAUACGCAGUAUUAUGGAGUCAAUAUGAAGAAAGUGAGGAGAGGAUGGUCGUGUUGAGGAGUCGGGUGUGUAAAUUAUGUUGACUGUUUGGCUCUUCGCUGAACCGUGCAUGAGAUCCUAUGGGAUCCACCUUGGUGUUCUCCAGAUAAACACCUCAAUGCCCAGCAGCAAGGUAUCAAGCUAACACACCCUAACAACCUGAGCCUUCCACUUUUUCUUCAAUGCCAUCAUGCCAAUCAUCAGCAACGCCAACCAUGACUUCAGCAACCUCUCGGUCAGUGACGACAGCAGCUUGGAUCACAUCUUUACCGAGAUCCCGGAAACAGAGACCAUCAAAGGUGUGUAUUAUCAGCGUGCUCAAUUUAUCCGCCGACCAGAAGAUCUUCUUUCGGUGGACCACGGCCUGCAAGCCCUCAUCAACGUGGGGGGCAACCGAUACACCUUUCCCUGGAGCACGCUGGAGCAGUUUCCUUUGACGCGCUUAGGACGUCUCAGACCCUGCAGCAGUCCUGAAGAAAAUGCCCACGUUUGCGAUGAUUACGAUGAGGCACGUCGUGAAUUCUUCUUCGACCGCAGCCCCAGUGCAUUCCGAGUUAUCCUUAACUUUCUAGCGGCAGGAAAGCUACGUAUGUUACGGGAAAUGUGCGUGCUUUCGCUGCACGAUGAACUGAACUACUGGGGCGUGGAAAUGGCAUACAUGGAGCGCUGCUGCAAGCGCAAGAUGUACACGCGCAUCGAGGAGGUGGCGGAGCUUGAGCGGCGAGAGGAGGAGCGGCGGCAACGUGGCAUGCAGCUGGGGCCUCCAGUCGAGGAGACGCCCUACCGUAAAUUCAUGAAUCGUCUGAGGGACAUGAUGGAGAACCCUCAGUCGGGCUUGGCAGGAAAGAUUUUUGCCUGUUUGUCUGUGCUGAUGGUGGCAGUGACAGUGGUCAGCCUGUGUAUCAGCACAAUGCCAGACCUCAGGGAGGAGGAGAAUAGGGGUGUGUGCUCUCAGAAGUGCUACCACAUGUUCAUCGUAGAGACGGUGUGUGUGGCCUGGUUCUCCACCGAGUUUCUGUUACGUUUCGUGCAGGCAAGCAGCAAGCUGAUGUUCAUCCGUAGUCCCUUGAACAUCAUCGACGCCAUGGCCAUCCUGCCCUACUAUGUGACUCUGGUCGUAGUGGAGGAGAACCCAGACGAGAUGCACGAUAGACGUACAGGCAGGGGCUACCUGGAUAAACUAGGGCUCGUCUUGAGAAUCCUCCGUGCCCUUCGGAUUCUCUAUGUGAUGCGCCUGGCCCGCCACUCCCUGGGCUUGCAGACGCUGGGGUUGACGGUGCGCCGUAGCACGAGGGAGUUUGGCCUGCUCCUGCUCUUUUUGUGCGUGGCCGUAACGCUGUUCUCACCGCUGGUGCACCUUGCAGAGAGCGAGCUGACCGGAGUGCAGGAUUUUAGCAGUAUUCCUGCUUCCUACUGGUGGGCGAUCAUCUCCAUGACGACAGUGGGCUACGGAGACAUGGUGCCAAGGAGCAUCCCAGGUCAGGUGGUGGCGCUCAGUAGCAUCCUGAGUGGGAUCUUAAUCAUGGCCUUCCCAGCCACCUCCAUCUUCCACAUGUUCUCCCGUUCGUACCAGGAGCUGAAACAGGAGCACGACAGGCUGUUUAAGGAGGAGUGUGCGGCAGCCGCUGCAGCCAUCUCCUCAGGGACCGAGGAGGAGCAGGACACAGGAUGGGUGGCCCAUCCAGCUCCUAGACUAAUUCUCACCCCAGACACCGAGACACCAGGUUCCACCGAAGACCUUUCUCUAAUGGGCAAUGGACGAGAGACACCUGGAAACAACAAUCACCCUUUACCCGCUGGAGCCUUUUAAAGGAUGUAGACAUUGUGCAUAUCUAUAUACUGGACUGCAUCAAAUCUGUUCUUCCAGACCCUGAGACUCUGAAGCCUUAUGCAGAGGACAGGGUGAAUUCACAAAGAGAACUCUGUCUAAACAGUUAGGACUUUCAAGGAACUUCACCAUCCGAGUGAAGCUAUUUUGUCUUCCAUCAGCCACAAGCUGACUACAUCUCAUUAAAAAACGACUUCCUUCGCAUUCUCACUGUGGACUUUACUGCCAUCUCAAAUUUAUCAUUCAACCAACAUUCACAAAAUAGUGAUAAAAAGUAAAGUUACAUACAGUAGUAAAACUUUGACUUUUUGGAGCCUGCUUCCACACUGUUAGAUAGACAGCGGGAAAUUCUGUUUCUUUAAUUUGCUUUUCCAAACAAAUCCAAAGAUGUUCUGUGAGGUAGUAAUAUUUGUCAGGUGUAGGAAAUUGCUCUUCCAGUAAAUGGACAUACACCAUUUCCUGCAUUAGUCGGGACAGACACACAGUGUCCAUUGUACAGUUCCAAAUCUCCAAAUAAAAACAACAGUAAUCUGAAAGUGCUGUCCCGUUUUUUAGGAAAAGGAUUUUAUAAUCCUCUUCUUUGAAACGCACAAUCAUUAGACACAGUCACCCUGUUCUCUCUGCUUUUAACGAAACAGCACAUACUGUAUGUACUCUCACCAUCUGCCAGCUCUGGCAUGCAGCAAUGGUAGAGAUGGGAACUAUGUUGUGACCUUAAUGAGGUCAAUCUUCUGUUCCAGGGAAGUGUUUUUUUCUCUCCUCAUUUUAUUUUUGGUUUGUGCAUUGGACGAUUUUCUCCCAGGAGAUCUGCUGCCCUAAGGUAAAGAGGUUUUUUGUAUAAUGCCACAAAAUUGUCCAAUUGCCCAGUGCUCACAGGAACAGCGGGUCCAGUUGUGGCGGCAAUAUUUAUGAGAAUAAGUAUUAAACAUGCAGUGUUUUCUCAGAGAUGCAACUCAUUCCACUGAGUCUUGAUCAAUUUUGCUUUGUCAACGAAUCACAAAAUUGCACCUCUAAUCAAAUUAUUCAGUCACCUGGAGUCAGAUGUUCCACAAACGGCCUUGCCCCUGCUCUGAAAAUCCCAGAAGGCUAAAUCAUGGAUUGGAAAAGUGCAGAACAAAGCAAGUGGGUAUCGUAGACCAAUCACAUUACAUGUGUACUGUAGC